AUGAACUCUUAUGCCUCUGAGUUAGCCUCUCUUCGCAGCAACCAAUCUCCAGAGCCACCCGAGAUUGGUUCAGUCAAGGACAAGAUUGGCAAGUUCAGUGCAUACGGAAAACCUGACGGCUCUAGGGACGCUCCCCUCAAAGUACCGGGGGACAUAGGGGGCCUAAGACCACGUACCCCGCAGCAGAUCGCCGCCCAGCUUGCGGCGGGGAGAUCCACGCCUAGCAAGAAACCAGCUCCUACUCCACGCAGCAGCAGCAGCGCCAGUGUUGACCUUCCAAUAAGGCCUGGCGGAGAGCGCGAAAAACCACAGCUCCUAGCACCGAAGCCUGUGUGGGCCACAGCUGCGAGCAAGGCCUCAUUUGAGAAGAUCUUAAAAGACGAGCAGGUCCCUCGACUCGGAGACAAGCAAAUCGAGCGAAAACCUGUCAGGCCGGGUUCUGCUCUAUCGGACUUUGCGCAGCUGGCUGCAGCAAAGUCUCGACCACCACCAGUGCCUCGAAAACCUUGCCUGAAUCCUACUAGCAUCGAUGUCAAUCCGGCAUCGGAGAAACCGAAGAACCUUCCCCGAUUGCAUCCAGCACUCCCUUCGGGAGAUCCUAUCAGGCCCGACGAAAACCCACCAUCAUUACCCCCGCGACCGAGCGAAACACCAUCAUCAUCGAGAAUAGACCUGGCAGGUCAUCGAGCUCUUCUGAGCAGUAGUGAUGGCCGACCGCGACCCUCCAGUCCAGCCUCGGCGUCUAUGUAUGCGAAAUCAGUGACCAACAGUACUCCGAGCCUACUUGAUAGUACCUCUGAAGGAGUACUGUCAGAUGCAAUUGUAGCAUCCUCAUUAGCAUCCACCCGAGCUUCACAGGAGAAGAAAAACGCCCCACCUCCACCACCCCGGCGUCGGCCCCGGUCACGUUCAAUCGUGCAUCUGGGCCACACCAAGAAACAUGAUCACCCGCAAUCGUCCAGUCCUUCUACUGUGCUACGGCAGACGCUUCGACAUCCCAGCAGCUCGGAUGAAGAUGAGGGGUAUCGCCAGCAUAAACACAUAAUACGCAAGCACCCCCACAAACAUCAUGAAGGUGACCGAAAGCGUUGGCGGAGUGAGGUCAGUGAAAAAGACCGGAAGAAGUACGAAGGAGUCUGGGCGGCAAACAAAGGAUUGCUUGUGCCUUUGCCGUCGCAAGUCCCACCCGGCUCAUUGCCCCCCGACGCGUCCGAGAUGGUAGUCAACCUUGUGGUUCGCGACAUCUGGUCUCGCAGCGAGCUUCCAUCGCAUGUCUUAGAGCAGAUCUGGGACCUGGUUGAUCAUCAGAAGAAUGGACUUUUGACCCGCGAGGAGUUUGUGGUGGGGAUGUGGUUGAUCGACCAGCAGCUAAAAGGGCACAAGCUCCCCGUGCGGGUCCCUGACAGCGUUUGGUUCUCCGUAAAGCGGAUAUCAGGGAUAAGAAUACAUUCGCUGCCGCCGUCCUGA